ACAGAGGCUCUUCAGCACAUUCUGCCUCCCAAGUGACCACUGUGAACAUAGACAAGCAACGAUGAAGUUUCUGGUAAUUGUGCUUUUGGGGUCUGCUUACGCUACUGAGACUGAGAAGAGAGGUGCGCAGCCAAGCUAUGGCUCUUAUACCCCUCCCUAUAGCCAUGGCUAUGGACAUCCUUAUGGGGUGCACCCCCAUUACAAGAAGUCUGCUGAUCCAGAACCAGAGCCUGAGGCUUCCAACCCCUCUGGACACUACCCAAUCUACCGUCCUCAUGGCCACCACUAUGGAAAGAGUACUGAUCCAGAACCAGAGCCUGAGGCUUCCUACCCCUCUGGACACCACCCUGUCUACCGUCCUCAUGGCCACCACUACGGAAAAAGUGCUGAUCCAAAACCAGAGCCUGAGGCUUCCUACCCCUCCGGACACUACCCAGUCUACCGUCCUCAUGGCCACCACUAUGGAAAGAGUACUGAUCCAGAACCAGAGCCUGAGGCUUCCUACCCCUCUGGACACUACCCAGUCUACCGUCCUCAUGGCCACCACUAUGGAAAGAGGUCUGCUGCGCUGCACCCUUCUGUUGAGCCUUCUUAUGACUCUGACGAGUACGGCUAUCCUCAUCCUGACUACUACUACCCUCCAUAUUACUAUGGUUAAGGAGGAACUUUGCCAAUAAUAUUUUUUAACUAUAGAUAUGGAUCGUCCAUAGCUUAUG